GUGCUUCAUGAAGGUGAAGUCGGUCGAGGGGACCCGGGGUUGAACAUGGCGGCAGCUUAUUUAACUCAUCAACAGAAAGUCUUGCGACUGUAUAAAAAAUCUUUGAGGCACCUUGAAUCAUGGUGUAUUUUCAGAGAUAAAUAUCGUUUCUAUGCCUGCCUGCUGAGGGCUCGAUUUGAUGAACACAAGGAUUUGAAGGAUAUGGCAAAAGCAACUAUGUUGCUGAAAGCUGGAGAGGAAGAAUUUUGGUCCAGUCAGCAUCCACAACCUUAUAUUUUUCCAGAUUCCCCUGGUGGUACAUCAUAUGAACGAUAUGAAUGUUAUAAGGUUCCAGAGUGGUGUCUAGAUUUGUGGCAUCCUACUGAGAAAGCUAUGUACCCUGAUUAUUUUGGCAAAAGAGAACAGUGGAAAAAACUGCGAGAUCAGAGCUGGGAGAGGGAGAUUAAGCAGCUACAGGAGGAGACCCCUGCUGAUGGCCCAAAAACUGAAUCUCUUCCUCCAGCUCGCAGAGAAGGUGACCUUCCACCACUCUGGUGGCAGUUUGUCUCUCGCCCAAGAGAACAUCCCAUGUGAAUGGAAUCUGGAAUCUGGCAGAGUAAUUAAACUCCUAACACUGUUGAUCUAGAAUUGAUGUAUUAAUCAUAUUAGCUGAAAACCUGUAUGCGUUAAAACUUUAAUGCACUUCCACCUUGACUCAAAUAAAACCAGUAAAAUUAC